AGAGAGAUGGUUAAACUCUGAUUACUGCCACUAAUUCAAGGAGCUGUGGCCUUCGCUGGGUGUCUAUUUAUUUAGAAGAUCAAGACAAGAGGGAGAUAAAAGGUCAGAUUGAGUCAGAUAAAGCUGCCAAUGUUUCAUGCAUCACGGCAGUGGAAUUUGCCACUUGGAGAGCUUCUAACAAGACGUCUUUAAUGGGACCCCUUAAGUCAUUUGUUUCCAGACUUCAUCUACUUAAGAGACUUUGUGUUUCGGCCAUGCCACAAUGGUUAUAAUUUGGAUUCUGUUGCUGAGUUUUAUCAGUUGCGGUCCGCAGGUAUCCUGGGCGAAGAGGCUGGAGAGAGAACCUAAGUAUCCUUGUUCCCGAGGAGGCAAACUGUGCGACCCCAGGCAGAGACGAGAUGCUGGGGGACGUGGAGGGGUUUACGAACAUCUUGGAGGCGCCCCUCGAAACAGAAAACUUUACUGCGCUACUAAGUACCACCUACAGAUACACCUCAACGGCAAGAUUAACGGGACUCUGGAGAAAAACAGCGUAUUUAGUAUUUUAGAAAUAACCGCCGUGGAUGUGGGAAUUGUUGCCAUCAAAGGGCUGUUUUCUGGGAGAUAUCUGGCCAUGAACCAAAGAGGGAGACUUUACGCCUCGGAAACAUACAACCCUGAAUGUGAGUUCGUGGAAAGAAUUCAUGAGCUCGGAUACAAUACUUAUGCUUCGCGCCUUUAUCGGACAGUUCCAAGCGGGGCAGGCACCAAGCGCAAGGCUAGCGCAGAAAGACUGUGGUAUGUGUCUAUCAAUGGCAAAGGACGACCCAGAAGAGGCUUCAAAACCAGACGGACGCAGAAGUCUUCCCUUUUUUUACCCAGGGUGUUGGACAACAAAGACCAUGACGCUGUGAGGUUAUUUCAUACGAACGCUGUAUAUAGAGAAAGUAUUCUGAAACCCUCAAAACCGAGCGGAAGACAAAGACGAGGACAGUGAGGGGUGCAAACUAUGAAGCAGGAUCGCCCCUACGAAGCCACGAACAUGAAAUGACAUUGUUCACUUAGACAAAAGUGAUCUUGUUGAACUUAUUUUUAUGAACUGCGUAAGGCUGAAAAAUACUGCCGCUAGAAUUC